GGUGGAAUAUGCCAGAAGAAACAGCUAAGGGCUGGUGCCUCAUUGCUGCUUCCUUCUUCCCCUUCAACCCUCAGGCAAAACCCAAGCCCUGCCGACACGGCAGUGCUGAGCAUGCUGUCGUUCAUAGGUGGGGGAUUCCGAGGAAGGAGGCUGCUGGUGGAAACCCAGAAUCAGGAGACUUCGAGACCAGGCGUCGACGCAGGCGCGGCUGUUGAGCGCCGAGCAGUCGAUGGAGAUGGUGGCCUCGACCGCUUGAGGGGUCGUGGAGGCCCCGAGCUCGGGUCGGAGAACUGGACAGGCCUUCGCGGCUGUGGGACCGGGAAAGGACUCCUACUCCAGAGAGGAUACCUCAUCCAGGGCCGUGAUGCCACUUCCCCAUCACUUGUGUGCUGCUUGGUUAAGCUAAUGCUGCGGAUCCCUUGUCUCUUGUGGAGGAAUCAAGCUGACUCUUGGCAUGAGGACCCUGCCUUGCGGGGGUUGAGAGUGACACUGCCAUGGCUUCUCUGGAUGACCCAGGGGAAGUGAGGGAGGGCUUCCUCUGCCCUUUGUGCCUGAAGGACCUGCAGUCUUUCUAUCAGCUGCAGUCACAUUAUGAGGAAGAGCACUCUGGGGAAGACCGUGAUGUCAAAGGGCAAAUUAAAAGUCUUGUCCAGAAGGCUAGGAAAGCAAAGAACAGGCUGUUGAAACGAGAAGGAGAUGACCGAGCUGAAUCAGGGACCCAAGGUUAUGAGUCUUUCAGCUAUGGAGGGGUUGAUCCUUACAUGUGGGAACCCCAGGAGCUUGGUGCUGUGAGAAGCCAUCUUUCCGACUUCAAAAAACACCGAGCUGCCAGAAUUGACCACUAUGUCGUUGAAGUCAAUAAAUUAAUAAUCAGGUUAGAGAAGCUCACUGCAUUUGACAGAACAAAUACUGAGUCUGCGAAGAUCCGAGCAAUAGAAAAGUCCGUGGUGCCUUGGGUCAACGACCAGGAUGUCCCCUUCUGUCCAGACUGUGGGAAUAAGUUCAGCAUCCGCAACCGCCGCCACCACUGCCGCCUCUGUGGGUCUAUUAUGUGCAAGAAGUGUAUGGAGCUCAUCAGCCUUCCCUUGGCAAACAAGCUCACCAGUGCCAGCAAGGACUCCCUGAGCACUCAUACCAGCCCCAGCCAGUCACCCAACAGUGUCCACGGCUCCCGCCGGGCCAGUAUCAGCAGCGUGAGCAGCGUGAGCUCUGUCCUGGACGAGAAGGAUGACGACCGGAUCCGCUGCUGUACACACUGCAAGGACACACUACUCAAGAGAGAGCAGCAGAUCGAUGAGAAGGAGCACACCCCUGACAUCGUGAAGCUCUACGAGAAAUUACGACUUUGCAUGGAGAAAGUUGACCAAAAAGCUCCUGAAUACAUCAGGAUGGCAGCAUCAUUAAAUGCUGGAGAGACAACCUACAGUCUGGAACAUGCCAAUGACCUUCGAGUGGAAGUGCAGAAAGUGUAUGAGCUAAUAGACGCUUUAAGUAAGAAGAUCUUAACCUUAGACUUGAAGCAGGACCCUCCACCGCAUCCAAACACUUUACGGCUACAGAGGAUGAUCAGAUACUCAGCUACGCUUUUUGUGCAGGAAAAGUUGCUUGGUUUGAUGUCACUGCCAACCAAAGAACAGUUUGAGGAACUGAAAAAGAAAAGGAAGCAGGAAGUGGAGAGGAAGAAGAUCCUGGAGAGACGGGCUGCCCUGGAAUCCCAGCGAAGGCUUGAGGAAAGGCGCAGUGACCUGGUGUCUCAUGCGACCAACGGGGAGGUGGUGUCCCUUCGCGGGGGCCAUGCCCCGUUGAGAAAGGCUGAGGGCUGGCUCCCGCUCUCUGGAGGUCAAGGGCAGGUCGAAGACUCGGACCCACUCCUCCAGCAGAUCCACAACAUCACAUCCUUUAUCAGGCAGGCUAAGGCCGCGGGCCGGAUGGAUGAAGUGCGUACGCUGCAGGAGAACCUGCGCCAACUGCAGGACGAGUAUGACCAGCAGCAGACAGAGAAGGCCAUUGAGUUGUCCCGGAGGCAGGCCGAGGAGGAGGACCUGCAGCGGGAACAGCUGCAGAUGCUGAGGGAACGCGAGCGGGAACGAGAACGGGAGCAGUUCCAGGCGGCAUCUCUGCACACGCGGACUCGGUCCCUGGACUUCCGAGAAAUCAGGCCUUUUCAGUUGGAGCCAGGCAGAGAGCCUCGCAACCACCUUGCUCAUGCCUUGGAUCUGGGCUGUUCCCCAGCUCAGAGCAGUGCGGCACCCAAGACCCCUUCACCCAGCUCGGCUCUCGAGCCCAUCAGACUGUGGUCUGGGCCCCCAGCCCUUGGCCAGGAAUUCUUCCCCCAGAGCACCACGUCGCAGCACAAUGAGGUGCCCUCCCUAAAUCCCUUUGAUGAGGAAGACCUCUCCAGCCCUGCAGCAGAGGGCACGGCCAGCCCUCCUGCUGCAGAGCCUCCUCUCGGCCCUCCAGCCUGUGUCCUCAAGGAGUACAAUCCUUUUGAGGAGGAGGAGGAAGAGGAGGCAGUGGCAGGGAAUCCCUUCACUAGCCCAGACAGCCCAGCCCCCAGCCCCUUUGACGAGGAAGAUGGGCAUCCCCCUCAGAGACCCUCAGGACCUCCUGUUCCUGGCAGCCCCUUCGAGGAGGCCCCCUGUACUAACCCGUUCGAGAUGGACAGUGAGAGCGGGCAGGAGGGCGAGGAGCCCAUAGAGGAGGAGCUCCUCCUCCAGCAGAUCGACAACAUCAAGGCGUACAUCUUCGAUGCCAAGCAGUGCGGCCGCCUGGACGAGGUGGAGGUGCUGACGGAGAACCUGAGGGAGCUGAAGCACACCCUGGCCAAACAGAAGAGGGGUGCCGACUGACCAUGAUGGGCAGGGCGCCUUUGGGGCCUGGCAGGAGCCAGGGGAGCAGGAGGGAGGGCUGCUGGAGUUGAUGGACAAGGAGGAAGGGCGAGAUUUAAGCUGCACGCAGGUCAGCGGGGGAGGAAUCUGCUGUUUCGUGCUGUGCACUUGGAGCUUUUUCCAUGAUAGUUGAAUAAUAAAAUGGGAACUAGAACAGGAAGAAUCAGCAUGCAUUUGCUGUUUUUCCUGUUUUUUUUGUUUUUUUUUUUUUAUAAUUGGGUUUUCCCUUUAGAAGGGAAUUUAAAACUUCACUGCCGAGAUAUAACUAAGCGCAGUUCUGUUGGGCCCUGGGCAGAAAUGGCUACUGUGUACCUCUUGCAGCCAUUUGCUCCUGCCUGGUGUUUGGUCAUUAUGCAGUAUUAUAGGGCAGCCUUAUAUAGGGCCCUUCCUUUAGCCAAGACAGACAAGAUAGAGUCCUGUAAAUUUUACUCGGCUCUGGAGGAAGUCUGUCCCCAUUAGGGUAUUAUGUUGCUUUUACCUGGGACUUCCACUGCUCUACUGGGCACAUUCUGCCUGUACAAUGGAAGGGGGAGGUCUUGCUAUGAAGGCAGUAUUUAAGACCCAGGAAAGCCCAGCACCUCUUCUUAAGAGUGGGUAAUGGUGGUGAGGUUUCACCGGGGUCUGUUUCCCUCUUUGACUUCUUGUUUGUCUCUUUCAGGAAGUUAAACUCCCAGUGCAGGGGUAUCACUGUGAGUCUGAUCGUGAACUUUUUACAAAACAGGAGUGGGUAACUUUUUGGUUGAUGGAGGUGGUAUAAUUUGGGAGAAGAGUCUCUAUCCAAGUGUGGCUCUGUGGAACUGAAUGACCGCUGGGACAAUUGUCUGUCCCCAGAGAAAGCUUCCUCUAGAGCUUUGGCAAAAUAACUCUGAGCUGGGCUUUUUCAGACUUUUUCAUAGUUUAGGAAUUGGUGACCAGGAAGCUCUUGUGGAACAUUGUCAGAAGAAUUAAAGCUCCCCUGAGUCAGAAGGUCAAUUAAAAUAACUUCCAAGGCUAGUUGAUGAGCCUUCUUCCUUUUUGGUUCAUCUUGUGCUGACCGUGGACACUGGUGAGAUAUUUUUUUACCAAUGUUUAGUAUUAAGAAACUGAAAUGGGGAAUUCCCUGAUGAUUCAGUGGUUAGGACUCGGCGCUUUCAUUGCUGACGGCACGGGUUCAAUCCCUGAUCAAGGAACUAAGAUCCUGCACAGUGCACCGCAUGGCUGGGGAAAAAAAAAAAGAAACUGAAAUGUUUGAAAGAGGCACAACCCAGGAUCAUUUUGGUAGAAUCGCAGUACUUGAACUCUUCACCAAUUAAGGGCAAAAAGGGAAAUUGUUAAUUUAGCUCUGGUGCUUAGGUUUACAGGAACAUAACCCUUAACUGACAUCUGCCAUCUUGAUACCCAAGUGUGCUCAGCUCUGGGUAGAGUUCCUGCAAUUAUGCUUGUUAACUACUGAACAAUAACUGACCACUAGUCACUUUAUACCCCUUAACUAACUCUGGGUCAUACUCUCAAUGGUUAAUGGUGUGAGAGUUGAAAUUCACUUUGUUACAUUCUGGGACGACCUCUCUUGAUCUUGGGAAGGUCUGAAAAACAUUGUGGUGUAAAGGUAAUCUGUUUUUGUAUUGACACUAUUCACAUUUCUUUAGCACCUGCUGGAUCUUUGGGCUGAAUGAGGGGGUCCUGUAUGGGGAUGUGGGAAUGGGGAGUGGGUGGGUGGAGGGUGUGUGGAGGACCCCUCGAGUCUGGGUUCUCUUCACAAAGGAAUGUGAGUGGGUUUGAGGUCAGCCAGUUACCAACCUUGCUGAUUGUCAUGGUUUUGGGAAGUUGGCCGUCAGGCAUAUAAAAUGUUGCCCGGUACAGGCAUUUUUUCUUCCUCAGGGUCAUUGCCCUUCAUGCUGUUACUCUGGAGGGAUUUAUGGAUGGCUGCAUGCUCCUCCCUGCUCAGUCUGUCUUUUCUCUUUGACUGAAGAGAAGGAAGCUCUCUGUGCCGAAAAGCAGGUAGUUCCAAAAGCUAAAUGCUGGUCUCCCUCAUGAUUACUUUUCUAAUGAGAAUAUAUCUCUUUUAGUUAGCUGGUGGUUUCAAUUAAGACUAGUUUACCAAACAUACCCUUUCUCUGAAAUCAAUUGCAGGUGGCAAUGUAUAAGUAACUAAGAGCAUUGAGAGCCACUAAUAUAAGAAACAUGUUUUUAAGCUAAAAAAAAGAAAUUUUUUAACUGAAUAUACUAAAUCAAACUAAAACCCUCUGAUGUGAUUGAAUUCUUCCACGGCUGUAUGUUUCCAUUUAAUUCUUCCAUGGCUAUAUUCUCCUAUAAUCACAGACAUGACCGGAGUUAGAAUUCUCUAUCCCUCGGAAUUCACACGGGCACAAAGUUGGAUUUACAGGGAUGGGUUAACGUCAGGGAAGAGAUGGCCUAUGAAUUGCAACCACAACUUCAGGUUUUUGCCUCGUGUGAAUAGUUCCCCCGUCCUGCAGUCCUUCAUCGCAAACAGCUCCAUCUCAUCGGAAAAUGGGCAAGUCCUUGAUACGGCGUUGGCAGAUGUCCCUAGACACAGAUCAUGUAUGCAAGAGACUUUGGGGAUUCAGGCAUCAAAUGAAGCUGGCUUUUCCCUGUUAUGCCUUGUCUGUAUUUUCCCUUGUCUAAUACACUAAGGACGCUUACUCGUUAUGCUUGCUGCUCAAUGUGUCUCUUCUGUUCAGAUACUAAAAUGUACCUGAAUCAAUCAAGAGCCACGUGGUAGGUUGGACGUUGGCAUAGGUGAUGGGACUCGGUGAGAAGCUGGUCUCUUUACCAGGUCACAGACUGUGGUAGUAGAUUAUGUUGGUCAUCUGACAGUGACAGACAGUUUGAAGGUCAUUGAUUUGCAUGCACUACUCUGAGGCCUUGUAUUGGAACCUUUUUUAAAAAAAUAAAAUAACAUG